CAGUUAAGGGACAGCGAGUAGCUUGGGGGUGUGGAGGAUGUGUUCUGUCUGGGACGGGGUCUCCUCAGCCAUCAUCCGCCUCCCGCAAGGCGGUAUGCCCACUCUUCCUUGACCUUCCCAUUCUACAGACUCCCAAAUCUCUACACGUUUGGGUCAAGGCUGGCAUUUGAACCAGAGGCUGUGUCAGAAGUGUCGGAGUUGCGGAGCUAGAGAAUGGGAAUUGCAUCCCAGCAGUGGGGGCUCGGCUACACCAAGACUCUUAGAAGAGCAGGAAUCCAAGGAGCCUAAGCUGACCCUCCCACCCUGGCCUGCUGUUCGCUUGUGGGCUCAACUUGCAGUUCAGACACUUGCCGCCAUUCCUUCUACACACAGUAAGUACUCAACUCUUCGCCUCAAUGAUUUGUAGGCACAACUGGCCGUUUUAGAGGGUAGGUAAGGACCAUGAACUUCAGAGAUACUGGUGUGUAUGGCUUCCUGUGGCUGCUGGCACGACUGUCUGGACAUCUUAGAGCAGUGGAGAGCACAGGAGGAGUCCAGAUCUGAGCCGCGGGAAGGAAAUUCCUCCAGGCCAGCCUGAAGAAUUAAACUAGCCAGGGAAAAUUCACAACGCACGAAUUUUCCAGAUUACGAAGAGCUGGGACUCAAGGACAUCCGGGCUGCGCGCCAGGAGAAGUCUUGGCUGAGGGCGCGGAGAAGCUGCCAACCCGCUGCGUGCCAGCUGCCCGUCUUCAAUGAGGGCGACUGAAAAGGCCAGCAGCCAGUUCCCCGGACUGCUGCCAGAGUCGUCCCCACCACCCUGGGGCGCCCUCUACCAGUGGCCGAGGCGGAGAACUACAACUCCCAGAAGAUCAGGGGGGACAGAAUGUCAUACACACGGCAGGAGACUACACUCGCUCGCCCCCUCCUGGUCAUUUUGGAGAACUACACGCCACUGAGGACAGAGUCUCCAGCUUAUCGUCAAGCGCAGGCGUGGCACUACAACUCCCAAAGUGCCCCGUGGCAAUAGGUGGAACUACAUUUCCCAGAAGGCAUUGUCAAGGAGCCCAGCGUGUAGGAACUGAAGUCGACCCGGACGACCAGGCCAGUGACCUGACACUGGACAUGGCCUUCCUAGCCCGGUGCUUUGGGGGCCAGGCCUGCAGAUCGGUGAUCCUGUUGAGUGGCAGGUAUCUCCAGUCCAGGGUCUGGAUGGGACUCCCGGAUGCCUGGCCCCUCUCCCUGCAGCAGGUCCGAGGCCGCACACGCGGAAACGAGUAUCAGCCGAGCAACAUCAAGCGUAAGCACAAGCACGGCUGGGUCCGCCGGCUGAGCACGCCUGCUGGCGUGCAGGUCAUCCUCCGCCGCAUGCUGAAGGGCCGCAAGUCCCUGAGCCACUGAGGAACGCCAUGCCGCUGUAAAUAGACUCAGACGCUGGUCGAGUUGCCCGAGGGCGAGAAGUUGGGGCAAGUUGAAAGUGGGGACCUGUCCUUUCGUAGGUUUUUAGACGAAUCCCCGUUCCUCUGCUCACCGACCACCAGCACCUGCGAUAUCUCGUCCAUUUCUGUAAAUAUAUUUGAAGGUAUCUUUGCAAGACAGGCUCAUCCACCCCAACGUUUCCAGCCAUUCCAAAGUAUUACGGACUUGCUAAUAAAUAUUCACGUUUCUUGGA